AAACUUCCUCAAACUAUCUUCAGUCGAUCUGGUCUGUGAAACACGGUGAAAUGGAGAGAAGCAUCAGAUCGCUCGGUUUCUUCGACUCUCAGAUCUCCUCAGAUGUUUAGUUGUGUUGUUCGUGAUGUCCGAUGUGAAGACGCAGAUGUCCUGGCACGAGGAUUUCGCCAAAAACCUUUCCAGGUUCUUUUCCAGGAGUAAAUCUGUGGACACGGAGGGAAAUGAAAGUGAGAUCAGAGAGGCUGAUGAUGGAUCUGCAGAUCAAACACCCGAGCAGCACCAGAACACACAGGAGUCGCCGCUAUCUGACGGAAGCAGCGCGUCACACUCGGAAGACGAGAGCUCGACUCCUCAGUCCGCCUCCACAGCACCUCCUGCAGACGGAUUCUUCAGACGCUUGGGAAGCCUGUUCCAAUUCAGCCGGGCAGAACCGGCCCGAGGACAGAGAGAGACACAGAUCGACACGGACAGCCUGAUUACAGAAGAGAGAGAAACACAAACAAGCGCAAACACAAACAAGAGCGGAGGAAGGGGGGAACCGGUGAAGCCGUCUGUGUGUCAUUCAGAGCUCACACACACACAAUCUCAGGAACAGACCGAGGAAGAUAGAAGCGAUGGCGUAAACAUCAACGCCAAAGAGCGCUCGGAGGAGAAGAGACGUCAUGACCUAGCCUGCCCUCCUGUGGUGACUUAUGGCACGUACCGUGGAUUGAGGGAAGUCAGGAAACCAAAGAAGAAGCAUCGAGUCGAGCUUCAGUCGCCCAUCUCUGAGGGAGAAGAGGCGACUCCGCCCGACAACCAUGAGGACAACGAGAUUUCCUCUUCCUCUGUUAACACAAUGAGCUCUGAUAGUCAGGAAUAUCAAGCAUCUCCUUCACAGACACAGCAGAUAGAGGAUGGAUUGACCCAGAGUGACUUAUUAGAUGAGGUUCCUACUGUUGAAUCUGGACUAACUCCAGCCCACCAACUCCCUCAUGUUACAGACUCUGACCGGUUGCUUACCUGCAUAGAUGUCUACAGAAUUCCUCAACCAGCAGAACCAAGUCCGUCGAAUGACCCGGUUAACCGCAGACAGGAGCAUCUUGCCCAGGCUGUUACAUUAGAGGCAGUAUCAGGAGACGUUGUAGAUCUGACACCAUCAAACGCACAAUCAAUCACUGUCCAUCACGACACACUCCCCACUCCAGAACAGAGCUCAGAGCAACCAAAGCCAUCAGUAAUUGUAAACAGAACAGAUGAUCUAGCCCCGGUUUCUCAGGCUCACCAGCGUCCGGAGGAGUCCAAGCUGGAACGGGCUGAGGUGGACUCUGGAGUAGAUGAAGAGGUCCUACGUUUGGAGUCUAAAAAGAUGGUGGACAGCAUCCUGACAAAUGCUCUUGCUGCCCUGCAGAAGAUGGAAGCCUCAGAGACGGAGCAUGGCGUACUGUUAACCUGUGAACUCCACGAAGGCCCAGAGGCCGUGCUGUUUGAAGGGUUAGAGGGUCGUGGAGAUGGAGGCACUGAAGCAGAGCAUCAGUUUCGGGUGAUGCUGUCGGACCAGACGCUGUCUGUCGUUCUGGAGGAAGAGCUGGCAGGAACCUGUAGGUCUGCACCCUCCUCAGGGUACGAGUCCAUCGCUGGCUCCGACACUGACAUCAGGGGCAUUGUGGGACUGAACUCCGAGCUCACCACCACCACCUGUGCUCCAGUCGGCUCUCAAAAUGAGAAUCGGACCAUUCUUGAAUGUUUAGUUAAAAGCAGUGCUGCUGAUGACGAGCCAUUAUCCCAAAAUCUCCAAAGCCAUAGGGAUGUUGUUCAUAAAACAGACUUGAAGCUCUUCCUACCUGCUUUGACAGAGGAGUCUCUCUCACGAGAGCAACACCCUGGUGACGUCUCUGCAUGUGCAGAUAAAGGGGGAAAGAGACCUCAGGAUGCAGCCAAAGACAGCGCAAUGAGCAAUAACACCUCCAUCAUCACUCCUGCUUCAGCAGAACAUCAGGAUAGUCUUCAACAAAGCCAAACUCUCAGUGUAACUCUCAAUGAGCGCUGUAGCCACAGUCUUGCAUCGGACACAGCUGAUUCUGAUAUGAUGUCAGAAAUCAAAGAACAGCCACCAGCUAUACGAAGCCAGGAAUGUGAGGCGACCGAAGCACCUCAUUCAGGGAGCAGUCAACAGGAACCGAUCUCUUGUGACUUUAGCGCUGGAACAGAUUGCGGUGUCCAGCCGUGCGUGACUGAAGUCCAGUGCUCUGGAGGGCUGCACCAUCCUUCUCACUGGGUCUCAGUCCUAGCGAUUCGCUGCGACGUCACCGAUGACCAAAGCCUGAGUCCCGCCACACUCGAGGAGCAUCUGAAGCCAGAGCUCAGUGUGAGCCCAGGUCUACCAACCGUGUCUGUUUCAGGCCAGAGAAUUCACCUCGACCCCACGGACAGCUCCAGCAGAACUGCGGCCGUCGCUCCCCAUCAUUCCCGGUUUCACGACCUCGACCUCCACCAGGUAGACGGAGGCUUCGCCAUCAUCAGCGAGGAGGAAGAGAGUGACAUGGUGUUCGUGAACGACACCGGGCCCAUGCACAGUCCCAGCGCACGUCGAGCCAAAGCGUACCCCUUCUCCCUGUCCCCCAUCUACGAGGAGGAGUGUGUGCGCGAGGAGGCCGUGGGCCGGGAGACGCUGCCGUUCCCCCCGGUGGCCGAGGAGGAGCAGAGGAGCGUUGAGCAGCCGGCCUCCUCCGUACUCUCACUCCUGCAGUCCGUCAGCGAGAAGCUGCAGUCCAGUGUGAUCUGCAGUCCAGCCGAGGACUCGUCCAGCGCCUCUCCGACGAGCUACCGCUACUCCCGCGGAGACGACAGCGAGGAAGAUGACGAGGACUCCAGUAAUCUCCUGCGCCGCCAGCUCACCGGGGCUGAACCUGAGCCGAACGCUGGGCAAGAGCACAGUUCAGAGACCGAUCGCACUGCUAAUGGCGCUCCGGAGGGAGUACAGGAGCAGCAGGACUGGGGUGGCACACUGGGUGAUAUUGGGAAUAAUGCCAAUACUCCUUUCUGUCAGUACUUGAACUCCAGACUAAUGGCAUCAGGUGAGGAAGAACCUCAAGACAUUAAAGGCAUUGUGUUUCGUCGUGGAUGCAACGCAAUGGUCAGGGAAGAGAACAGGGGGUUUGGAAAGGUCAACCCUAGGCCGACACCCAUGCUCAUCUACGAGGGUCAGUCACUCAGUGCUGAGAGAAGAGAAAUCUGUGGCGAUGUGGAGGACGCUGGGAAGGAUCUGUUUGCUCACGGAGCCACGCUUCACGCGCUGAGAGGAUGUUGGCUGCUGUAUGUGGAUUCGUGGUACCGGGGCUCAUGUGUUGUUCUGGAGGAGGGUCAGACUGUGAAGACCAGCAGAGCCGAUCCCGAUCCCAGUGCUGUUCUGACUGUGGGAUCCCUCAGGACACUGAAGGAUGACGGUGUUCCAGAGAUCCAUCUGUAUCCCCGCGCGCCUCAGCCGAUCCGUGUGUUCUCCGCGACGGACCUGCCGGAGCGGGACGGGCCCGUGUUACUCUCGGACCUCUGCGUCAGGACCGGAUGCUGGCUGGUGUUUGAUCAGCCUGGAUUCAGCGGCUCAUCAGCCGUUCUGGAAGCUGACGGGAGAAUUACGCCGGUUCUCCAGGAUUCCCUGCUGUCCCGUGUGAAGAGUCUUCGGCCAGUGGAACCGGCCGGACUGCGGGUGACGAGACCUCUGGACCCGAAGGUGAUGUUGUUUGAGAAGCCGCAGUUCCAGGGUCAGUGCUGGGAGCUGCUGGAUCACACACCCCGUCUGAGGGACAUCGAGGGACCCGCCGCCGCCUCCUCUCUACGGGUCACCGGGGGAGUAUGGGUGUGCUUCUCCAGUGAAGGGUUCAGAGGUCAUCAGUGUGUGCUGGAGGAGGGGGAAUACAGCGACUGUACACGACUGUUCGGAGGAACUGAGCUGACGAUCCAAUCGCUGCGCUUCAUUCAGACUGACUUCCUGGAGCCAGCGGUGUGUGUGACGAGCUGUGGUGAGGAAACCGAGGUGUGUGUGGACUUGCCGGAUCUGCAGGAGUCCGACAGCAUCAGUGUGAAGAGCGGAGCGUGGGUGGCAUACAGCGGCAGGUGUUUCACUGGACACCAGUAUGUUCUGGAGAAAGGCCAGUAUCCCGGGCAGCUUCAGUGGGGCGACGGCCAGAGCUCAGCUCAGUCCCUGCGGGCCAUUCACAGGGAAGUGGCUUGGAUCGAGGAACCACAGUUUUUGCUACGAGCCUACAGCCAGACGCGGUACAGCGGAGAGAGCCGCGAGUUUGAGAGUGACUGUGGCGUAACAGGUCUCGCGUCCUUCAGGGUGAUCCGAGGAAACUGGCUGCUGUUCGAUGAGGAGGGAUUUUCUGGGAACCAGUAUAUCCUGGGGGAGGGUCUUUACCCUGACCUCACUUCCUGUGGCUGUUUAUCGAGCGCCAUCAAGUCUUUAAAGCCUAUUCCAUACAGUUUCACGGAGCCGUCGGCGAGUUUGUUUUCUCUCAGCGGUUUCGAGGGCCUUGAAGAAACGUGUUUCUCAGACGUGGAGAGCAUGAGCCACUUCUUCAGCCAGUCCGUGAGGGUCACCAGCGGCCUGUGGGUCGCGUAUGAAUACGCUCGUUUUAAGGGCCGCCAGACGCUCCUGCAGCCUGGAGAAUAUCCGGCGUGGGGGGCCCGGAGCGGCUGGGAGACCAUCGGGUCGCUGAAGCCUCUCAAACAGCCGAAAGUGUUGCUCCAUGUGCGGAGUCGAGCUCUGGCUGCAGUUCUGACCAGCGAGAGCAGAGACGGCUCGUUCCCCGCCAAACUCUCCCUGUGUCCCGCCGACCGCUCUCUGGACACACAGCGCUGGACCUUCACCGGCGGCCUCCUCAAGAACACGGCGCUGCGCGGCUGUCUGUGUGUGAUCGGGGCCAAGGCCUGCGCCGGAGCCAGAGUGGCAUUAUGGGAAGAACAUGGGCGAGUGAACCAGCGCUGGAGUCUCAGCGAGGACGGGAGAAUCUGCUCACAUCUAAACCACAGCCUGGUGUUAGACCUCAGAGAUGAUGCAUCAGUACUACACCAAUAUAAUGCGGACCGCUGAGGUGUGGGCCUAUCAGCCAACGAGUGACUGCUGGGAGAUUCGCAGAUGAGCAGUGGCUGGGUGACUUCAGCUUUUCCAGAGAAACAUUCACAUACAUUUGUCCAACUCUGAAGCCUGCGCUACAGCGACAAGAUACAAGUGAUCGAUUAUGCAUUCCUCUGGACAAACGGGCAGAGUACAGGACAGUAGCCAACUGUUUGCUGUCAGUCGGACUUCUGUUUGCCGCUGCUGUUUGCGUGACUUUUGUAAGGCUGGAAUUGCAAUACUUCGGCAAUCACAGUUCAUCAAAACACCAGACCAGGACAAACUAUCUGAGAUGGCUUUGUACUUGGAAGAGAGCUGUGGGGUUCCAGUGUGUGGGUGCUCACAUCCCUAUAUUGAAACCUCCUCCACGAUACCAAUCAGAUCUCCACAACAGAAAAGCUUGGCACUCCAUAAUUGUACAAGCAACUGUGGAUGGCAAAGGGAUGUUCUGGGACCUGAAUGUUGGACAGCCGGGGGGGGAGAUCACGGCGCUGGUGUCCUCAGAACGUCACGCCCAUGGGCUUGGGUCACGGACCGUAAUGGUUUUUCUGGCAGAGUGAAAAACAUACGUGGAACUGAUGUUGGAUACUUCAUUCUUGGUGAUUCUGCUUACCCGUUGCAGAAAUGGUUGCUAAAACCAUUGCUGCGUCCCAAUUCGCAUACUAUCUGGCCUAAAUAGUAUUCGAAAAUAGAAUUAGUGCGUCCCAAAUCGUAGUA